AUGGCCAACAUCCACACUCCAAUCCCCAACCUCAAGCUCAAUGACGGCAACUCAAUCCCUAUGCUGGGCUACGGCACCGGCACCGCAUGGUACAAAACCGGCGACGAAAGCCAGCUCGAUCAAGCCUGCGUCGACGCAACAAAGCUCGCCAUCAGUCUGGGCUACUACCACCUCGACGGCGCCGAAGUCUACAAGACCGAGCCCGAACUAGGCAUGGCCAUCAAAGAAAGCGGUGUCGACAGGUCCAAGCUGUUUGUUACUACAAAGGUGUUGCCAAACAUUGCAGACAUCCCUGCUGCCAUCAAGACCAGUUUGAAGAAGCUGCAAUUGGAGUACGUGGAUUUGUAUCUUAUCCAUGCGCCAUUCUUUGGUUCGCCGGAGGAGUCACCUGAGGCGUUGCAGAAGGCGUGGAAGGCGAUGGAGGAGGUCAAGGAGGCGGGUUUGACGCGCAGUAUCGGUGUCUCCAACUUCUUGCCUCACCACUUGGAUGCUAUCAUCCAGACUGCAAAGAUCCCUCCUGCCAUCAACCAGAUCGAGUUCAACGCUUACUUGCAACACCACGAGUUGCUUAAGUACCACAAGGAGAAGGGCAUCGCGACUGAAGCCUACGGCCCUUUGACUCCUGCAACAAAGGCUGCGCCCGGUCCUGUUGAUAACAUCCUGGCGGCUCUGGCGAAGAAGUACGCCGUUAGCCCUGGAGAGAUUUGCUUGAGAUACUGCAUUGAUCAGGAUAUUGUGCCCAUCACUACCAGCAGCAAGGAGCAGAGAUUGAGCGAUUACCUUAGAGCCAUGACCUUCAAGCUUACGCCCAGGGAAGUCAAUGAUCUCAACGAGGCUGGCUCGCAGAAGCACUUCAGAGGCUUCUGGAACCACAAGUAUGCCGACGAUGACAGAAGAUAG